AUGAAGUUCGCUACUGUUUUCGCCCUUCUGACGUUGACGACUGCCGUCACCGCUAAGCACUACUGCUUCGGCGAAUGCGUCAAGUGCUACUGCGGCGACAUCAAAUACGACGACCACACGUGCUCCCUAUGCAGCUGCAACCAUAACGCCUACAAGUCGCCCAACGCCUCAAACCCCCAGGGCAACUGCGAUCAGCCGGGUGGCUUCCAUCUCGGCUGCGGUUCAAACUUUAUGGGGAAGUGUCUCUAG